AUGUGCGUACAGAUGGCCGAUAACAGUCGUGGUCAACUAAUAGGAGCGCUGGCAGCUGGAGCAGCAGGUGAGCUGAGUGUUACGGCCACGCUCGAUGACCUGGCAACGGAUGCCGUUACGGUAGGACAGACAGUAUACAAUGUCAGACUGGUGCUUGCUGAUGCUACGGCCGCACUGGCGGCACUUGACGACAUUAAGGACGUAAUUGCACAUGGCGAAGACUUUGGGGUCGGCAACGAGUCCUGA